UAAGUAUCUCCCAAACUUCACAUUAUUAAUAAAAUUUAUUCUGUUUCGAGGAAAUGUUUUAUGAUGGCCAUCAGGUUUAUCUAACCAGAGGUGUUUCAGGAUGUCAAGGUAAUCUUUAUUUUUUUAAAUGCAACUCUAUAUUUUCAUUUAACCAUGUUUGUAGCCCACUUCGAGACGAAUUUAUUGACUUAUGAAACGUUAAUUUUUAAAGGUUAUCCAAAGCCAUUUACAGCUAUUCUAAACCUGCUCUGCAUACGACUAGAACAUUUUCCUCGUCGUAAUAUUCAGUCGUAAACAUGACGCGUCACUCACACAGGUGGUGCGUCUCGCACUACUAGAAUUACUAUUUCACAGUAUUUGCUUCGAAGGGAUUAGUAUUAUUACAGCAUCACACAUCCUUCAUUUCGAUAAUAAUUCAGUUUGCGAUGUGUGAUUAUACGUCUAGCAAAAUUGUUGACAUGAUUUCGAUUCCAGGAGAGUAUCAGAAAGAUUAUAGAGCAAAUGCAUGGUUGCGUCGAGAAAGAUUUCGUGAUCGCUGGCUAGGGGAGGAAAUUUGCACUAAUAACGUCGUAAACAGCAGUCAUGACAGAAGCAGUACUCGCAGUAAUUUCUUUAAAUUCUCAUAUCAGCACACAACUCUCAUAUCAGUCGGCAAAUAUUGUAAAAACCAAUCAUGGCAUGUCACAUGUUACACAUCUGAUGAAACCAUGUUUAAGAAUAGUGAACUAUUUGGAUAUAACAGCAAUUAUUAGGUUGAUGAAACCUCCACACUGGCAGAGAUCGGUUGAUUGUCGACACCAAUGAUCAUUAAAUGUAUGAAGAUGGAAUAAAGAUCACAGAUUUAACAUCAAAAGUAACUUCUAUGAGGGAUACCCUUCAAUCUGAAAAACAAACAUUGGAAUAUAAAAAUCAUGUUUUAUCUAAGCACUUAGACCACAUAGUAAUUACAGAGUUGGAUGCAGAGAAAAAUAAAUUUUUGGAAGAAUGUCAACAAUUGGAAUUGCAAAGAAAUAAACUUAAAACAUGUAAACGAAACAUACAGGAUCAAGAAUUACUAGAUCAAGGAAGAAGAAAAUAUGCAUUAUAUAGAGAAUUAACUGGAAUACGAUGGGAUUUUGGAAAGCUUAAAGAGAAUAUUACAGGAAAUAUAUAUAAAGGGGUGUAUAUCCAUCACUUUUCUUAUUCAAAUGAAGAAAAUACAAAGGAUUUGAAUAAUCUUUUAUGGCAAGAGAUAUAUCAAUCUGUGAUCCAUAAUGAGCAUAAAAACACAUAUGAUAAGGAAAAUACUGUACAAAAUAAAUAAUUAUAUCAUGAAUUGAAAUAAAUUUCUAUUCCAUAAA